AUGGUGAAGAAGAAGCUGAAGAAACUGUAUGGCAGGGAUGCUCGGGAGUUCUUUAACCAGGUCAUGGUGGAGCAACCCUUGCUGCCCUUCCUGAUCCCGCUCGGCCUCUUUGCAUGGUUCGUCGAACGGUGGGUUGUGCCAUUCUCAAACUGGGUUCCCCUCGCUGCUGCUGUUUGGGCAACCAUUCAGUAUGGGAGGUUUAAGAGGAGGACAACUGUAGAAGAUUUGAACAAAAGAUGGAAGCAUCUUAUACUGAAUACAAUACCCACCACACCAAUCGAGCCUUGCGAAUGGUUGAACAAACUUUUGUUAGAAGUUUGGCCUAAUUACAUGGAACCAAAACUAUCGAAGAGGUUUCAGUCUACUGUCGAGAGACGUUUAAAGAAUCGAAAACCAAAAUUAAUAGAUAAAAUAGAAUUACAGGAUUUCUCACUUGGCUCUUGUCCACCUACCUUGGGAGAUCAGGGCAUGCGUUGGAUUACUUCUGGUGACCGGCAAGUCAUGCGCUUGGGAUUUGAUUGGAAUAGCCACGAGAUGAGUGUAAUGUUUUUGGCGAAAUUAGCAAAGCCACUGAUUGGGACUUGUCGAAUUGUUAUAAACAGCAUUCACAUCAAGGGGGAUCUUCUACUAUCACCCAUACUUGAUGGGGAAGCUAUACUCUAUUCUUUUGAAUCAACCCCAGAAGUCAGGAUUGGGGUAGCAUUUGGAAGUGGUGGAAGCCAAGCAAUUCCUGGUAUGGAGUUACCAGGUGUCUCGACAUGGCUGGUGAAGCUUUUGACCGAAACCAUAGGGAAAACAAUGGUUGAACCUCGCCGGCUAUGUUUUUCUUUGCCAUCAGUAGAUCUAAGGAAACGAGCAGUUGGAGGUGUUCUCUCAGUUACUGUUGUUUCAGCUAGUAACCUCUGUAAGAGCACAGCUAAGGAUAUAGCGAGCCGCCAAAGCUCAAAUGGAGGGGCCAUGUAUGGAAUUGCUGAUAACAAGGUAUCACAGACAUUUGUUGAGGUAGAAGUUGGCAAUUUGAUGAGAAAAACAAGUACCAGUAAGGGUCUAAAUCCUACGUGGAACAGUACAUUUAACAUGGUACUGCAUGGAGAGACAGGCAUUGUCAAGUUUCUUCUGUAUGAAUUGGAUUCUGGUGGUGUCAAAUUCAAUUACUUGACAAGCUGUGAGAUAAAGGUCAAGUAUGUUCUUGAUGGUUCAACAAUAUUUUGGGCUAUAGGGCAUAACUCUGGUGUCGUCGCAAAGCAUACUGAGCAUUGCGGUCAAGAAGUUGGAAUGGUUGUUCCGUUUGAGGAUAUCAAUGGCGAGUUAACUGUAAGCCUUGUGUUAAAAGAAUGGCAGUUCUCUGAUGGGUCGGUUACAUUGAGUAAUUCUCUGGGCAAUGGACUUCAAUGCUCAUUUGAUGGAUCGACAAAGCUUCAGUCCACAACAGGAAGGAGACUUAGGGUCAGAGUUGUUGAGGGCAGGGCCCUUACAGCUAAUAGUAAAUCUGGAAAAUGUGACCCUUAUGUGAAACUCCAAUAUGGAAAGGCUCUAUACCGAACAAAAACACUGUCACAUACGGUCCGACCAGUUUGGAAUGACAAGUUUGAGUUUGAUGAGAUCUCUGGUGGUGAAUGUCUGAAGAUCAAAUGCUAUAAUGCAGAUAUGUUCGGUGAUGAAAGCAUUGGUAGUGCAAGAGUUAAUUUGGAGGGGCUUUUAGAUGGUGCUAGCCGUGAUGUUUGGGUCCCACUUGAAAAAGUAGAUUCAGGAGAGAUCAGGCUUGAAAUAGAGCCAAUAAAGAAUGAUCACAACAAUAGCAUGCAGAGCUCAAGCAGUAAAGCUGGAGCUGGUUGGAUUGAGCUAGUCGUAAUUGAAGCCAGAGAUCUUGUUGCUGCCGAUCUAAGAGGCACUAGUGAUCCUUAUGUCAGGGUGCAAUAUGGGAACAAGAAGAAACGAACCAAGGUCAUUUACAAAACACUCUCUCCCCAGUGGAACCAGACAUUCGAGUUCCCAGAAACUGGAGAACCCCUGAUUUUGCAUGUGAAGGACCACAACGCCGUCCUUCCAACCGCUAGUAUCGGCAAUUGCACCGUCGAAUACAGCAUGCUGUCGCCAAACCAAUCUGCUGAAAAAUGGAUACCUCUCCAAGGGGUAAAAAGCGGAGAAAUCCAUGUAAAGAUCGCGCGAAGGGUAUCAGUUCCAGACUCCGAGAAGAAAAACAUGCUCGGGACAGAUCCAUCUGGCAAGGGGCACAAGAUAUCGACACAGAUGAGAGACAGCCUGAAGAAAUUCACAGGCUUGAUCGACGAGGGCGGUGACCCGGAGGCCCUGUCACUAGCCGUGACGGAGAUGGAAGGCAUCCAGGGCGAGCAGGAAGAGUACAUAGAAACCCUGGAGCGGGAGAAGGCGAUGCUGUUGCACAAGAUACAUGAGCUUGGUUCCGAAAUCGUUAGGACAUCAUCUGGUCCUCCAAGGACGCGGUACUAG